AUGUACUCGGGCUACCUUUACGCUGAUCCCAAUAUCCCAAAAUCUCCAUACCCUUGUGGCUACAUGCUGCUGCCCAAUCCUCAGCUACCGCUGGGUUUCCCGCUACCUCCACAGUACCAGCAGGAGAACUCCUAUUACCAGUCAAUGCUUCCAGCAAACUUGCUUUCCACUCCGUCUCCGUACCCUCCAAGACUGGGCUACUUCCCAAUGCAACACCCUCUGGCGCUGUCCCAACUGGUCUACCUGAGUCGUGGCGUGCUGCAACUGCCCAUAGUCCCUUAUUUGACCCACCCUGCCGCCAAAUCGGGCUUGGACCAUCUAAAUCUCUCAAGAACUGUGAUUUUUAAGAAUUUAAGUGCUGAUCUCACUCUCAACGCGCUCUUGAGUGUGAUUGAUCACGGGCCCAUUGAGUAUUGCAAGAUGUUCUCCUCCACGCCUCCCUCGCAUAUUAAGGACGUGUCAGAGGUGAAAACGUGCUAUAUUUCAUUCGUUAAUACCAACAUUUCUGUGAGCUUCUUUCACAAGUACACGAAAAGCUCAGCAAAUUUGCGCUCGCUUAAAGAAAAACUCAACAAUUCGAAGUACCUAAAGUUGUCUCUUAACGAGCCUUGCUCCUCUAUGUCAAUGAACUCGCAGCCCCCGGUGGGCUCCAACAAUCUUUCGAAGCAGGACUUUAUCAAGCUCAAAACUUUAAACUACAUCUUGGAAUAUAAUGCCACGCGGUGUAUCACCAUUAAGUUCGAAGCAGCGAAUUCGGAUCUUUUGGCCACUACAAAAGAAAGAUUCCGUGCGCAGGCUUCGAAAUUUGGUGUCAUUGAAGACUUCAAAUCGUCUGUUAACGAGCAUAAUUUGACAUUGAAGCUCCUUGUGCAUUUUACUUCGAUUGACGCGGCUAUCAAAGUCUAUGAGUACUACUCAAAGCAGGUACAACGUGAUCACGUACGUCAAGUUAACCUUGGUGAUGACGAGAAAAUGGCCUCGAAAUGUUUGCUUGUUAAAUUUCAUCGCGACCGAUGUGAUCGCACAGAGUUGCUGUCAUCUCGUCAUUCUCUGACGUCCCAGAUUCCUCGGAACCUUACGAGUAGUUCUCAAGCCUCCUUGUCCUCAUCUCCGAAGCCAAGACGAUCUUUUAAUAGCGAUAUUCAAAAUAUUCCUGAACACAGCGAGAUUCCCAAUGGGCAUCCCACGGAGAAUAACCAUACAAUCGUUAGUCCGUUGUCAAGCCCGCAACAAUCGUCCGAUAACUUGAUGCCAAUAGUUGAGGAGGCUUUUGGUACUAAGAAAGAUCUUCAAUCAGACAACACUAGAGAUUCGUCCAACGAUAUAGAUCUAGCGGUGCAGUCGCAAGCUUGUGAAUCUCUAGAUGGUGUCAGUGUGAUAGAAAGCCAGUCUUCAUCACCUGUGCAUGCCUCGGUGCUGCCGAAGAAUAGAGCCACAAGACAUUAUCAUACAUUCAGUCCCAACCCACUUGACAAUACAAUGCAGCAAGGUCAUCCAAUGUAUGCCCCCGUUAUGGGCUCGGCUAACAUGCUCCCCAUGAGCCACAUGCAUCCCUACCAGUAUAACCCUGAUCCAUUCAAUGUUGGCAAUAGAACAAUAUUCUUGGGAAAUUUGCAUCCAUACACACAAGUUGAGGAAAUUGCUAACAACGUCAGGGCAGGGGGGCUAGUCGAAAGCAUCAACUUUAUUAAAUCCAAACGCAUGUGUUUUAUAACGUUCAUUGACCCUGCAGUCGCUUUAAAAUUCUACCUUAAUCAUCAAGUUUUGCAUCAAUUGAUCAUACAUGGUAAUGACGUGAAGGUUAGCUGGGGCAGGAAUCACUCAGGGCCAUUGAAUAGGGAUAUUGCUUUAGCUGUGACUGCUGGUGCUUCGAGGAAUGUAUACAUCGGUGUGAAGGGCGGUAAAACAAAUCCUGGUGAAGUGCCUCAAUUACCUGAUGAACAAACCUUACGUAAGGAUUUCUCGAAUUUCGGGGAAUUGGAGCAGAUCAAUUUUUACCAUAACAAAGAUUGUGGUUUCAUUAAUUUCAUGAAUAUUUCAAACGCUAUAAGGCUCGUGGAAUUGAUGAAUACUGAGAAUGUUUCCAAGAUCAACGCUAUAGUUGGUGACAGCGGUGAAUUCUACGACAGAUAUAAAAAAUUCAAGAUUAGCUUUGGGAAAGAUAGAUGCGGAAAUCCACCAAAAUUCAGCUUUAAGAAAAAAAAUGCCAGCUUCGAUUACUUCAGCCCUAGCGAAAUAGACCUUGGGAACGUGAGUAAUGAUCUGGAUGAAAAAUUGCAGUGCGAUGCCUUCAACGAGAAGAAAACCUCUAAAUCUGACGAUGAUGAAGACCCCGCAAUCACUGAGGAGGCCGCGAUGGUUUUCGGUAUCAGUACAUCGCCUGCCAAGCAGGAUGAGGAGACCUCUUCUCAACUUGGGAAACAAGGCGCUCGAAAUAUCGUAGCAACCAACGACAAGGACAAAAGUAAUGUCGAUGAAGUCAAACAAAAUGGGGAAACCACCCAAGAUGGUGACAGAGCACAAAAAGAAGACCAGGAAGAGGAAGAAGAGGACGAUGAUGAGGAUGAUGAUAUCUCCAUCAUAAUAGGAUCCGAUGUCACCACCUCCUCAAUCAGAGAUUUGACGCCUCAAAGACAGAGAAACUCAAGUCGAGCUAUCAAUCAUGUACGUGACGCGAAUGACAAUCAUUCGCAGCACUGGUAUGCGUCGAAGAAUUCCUCGACUUUGUCUCUUAAUUCCAAUCACCGCAAGUAUCUGAAUCAUUACCCACCAGCCUUCAGUCCGAUGCCGCAGCUGAUGUACUUGCCUGCGUAUCCUCCACCACUGAUGCCUGGGUCGUCGAGGUCGGGUAGUUUCUACAAUGGAGGCAUGGAUGGCCUGGUGCCACAUUUACCUCAUCACAAUUCGUACUCUGGGGCUUCGAUGCCACAUUUGAACAGAAGUCACUCAACUUUUUCGGGCUCACAAGUCAUGGCACAGUAUUUGGCGAAAGCGCAGCAUGAUAAUUUCAUAUAUGCAACAAAUAUUUUGGCCAAUGAUGUAACUCCUGAUGAAGUGAAGGAGUACCUGUCAAGGCGCUUUUCCAAAAAAAGUGCUUGCGAAGGCGAACAAUAG